CUCACACACACAGAGAGAGUGGCUUUCUGUCUGGGAGUCCCAGGACAACUCGGAUGGGAGUCCGUGCUGGGAGGAACAGGGGGAGUGAAGGUGGAGAGCAUUCCCCUUUCAGGUCCCUGGGAAUGACCCAUGUAUGGAGCUGAGCUGACUGCAGGGCACUGAGGAAGAUUUAAAGUUCAGAGAGGAAGUGUGAGUUGACUAAGGUCACACAACAAGACCCAGCUCCACCACUUAUUGUCUUGACUUUGCCUCUCUGACAUCUUGCUCCAUCCCACGGGGACUCCCAACUCACUAUCUGGCUAUGGACAAAAAAGUGGCAGUCCAUGAGGAUGGGCCUCCUAUGGUCUCCUGGGUCCCGGAGGAGGGAGAGACGUUGGACCAGGAAGGCGAGGACCAGGUGAAGGAUCGGGGCCAAUGGAACAACAAGAUGGAGUUUGUGCUGUCAGUGGCCGGGGAGAUCAUUGGGCUAGGCAAUGUCUGGAGGUUUCCCUAUCUCUGCUACAAAAAUGGAGGUGGGGCCUUCUUUGUUCCCUAUUUCAUCUUCUUCUUCAGCUGCGGAGUCCCCGUGUUCUUCCUAGAGGUGGCCCUGGGCCAGUACACCAGCCAAGGGAGCGUCACUGCCUGGAGGAAGAUCUGCCCCCUCUUCCAGGGCAUUGGACUGGCCUCUGUGGUCAUCGAGUCCUAUUUGAAUAUCUACUACAUCAUCAUCCUCGCUUGGGCCCUCUUCUACCUGUUCAGCUCCUUCACCUCUGAGCUACCCUGGACAACCUGCACCAAUUACUGGAACACAGAGCAUUGCAUGGACUUUCUGAACCACUCUGGAGCCAGCAAAGUGACCCAUUCUGCGAACUUCACCUCACCUGUCAUGGAAUUCUGGGAGAGACGGGUUCUGGGCAUCACCUCGGGCAUCCAUGACCUGGGGAGCCUGCGCUGGGAGUUGGCCCUGUGCCUCUUGCUUGCCUGGAUCGUCUGCUACUUCUGCAUCUGGAAGGGGGUCAAGUCCACGGGCAAGGUUGUUUAUUUCACAGCCACUUUUCCCUACCUGAUGCUGGUUAUCCUACUGAUCCGAGGUGUCACCCUCCCUGGAGCCUAUGAGGGCAUCAUCUACUACCUGAGACCAGACCUGCUCCGCCUCAAGGACCCCCAGGUGUGGAUGGACGCGGGCACCCAGAUCUUCUUCUCCUUUGCCAUCUGCCAGGGCUGCCUCACGGCCCUGGGCAGCUACAACAAGUAUCACAACAACUGUUACAGGGACUCCAUUGCCCUCUGCUUCCUCAACAGUGCCACCAGCUUUGUGGCAGGGUUUGUCGUCUUCUCCAUCUUGGGCUUCAUGUCCCAAGAGCAGGGGGUGCCCAUUUCUGAAGUGGCCGAGUCAGGUCCCGGUCUGGCCUUCAUUGCAUUCCCCAAGGCUGUGACUAUGAUGCCCUUGUCCCAGCUGUGGUCCUGCCUUUUCUUCGUCAUGCUCAUAUUCCUGGGGCUGGACAGCCAGUUUGUCUGUAUGGAGUGCCUGGUGACGGCCUCCAUGGACAUGUUCCCCAGGCAGCUUCGGAAGAGCAGGCGGCGCGAGCUGCUGAUCCUCACCAUUGCUAUGGUGUGCUAUCUGAUAGGGCUCCUACUGGUCACAGAGGGCGGGAUGUAUAUCUUCCAGCUGUUUGACUACUAUGCCUCCAGUGGCAUAUGCCUGCUCUUCCUCUCCGUGUUCGAAGUUAUCUGCAUCAGCUGGGUGUACGGGGCAGACCGUUUCUAUGACAACAUUGAGGACAUGAUUGGCUACCGGCCUUGGCCACUGGUGAAGAUCUCCUGGCUCUUCCUGACCCCAGGGCUUUGCCUGGCCACUUUCAUUUUCUCCUUGACCAAGUACACGCCUCUCAAAUACAACAACGUCUACGUGUACCCUCCCUGGGGGUACUCCAUUGGCUGGUUCUUGGCUUUCUCCUCCAUGGCCUGUGUCCCACUCUUCAUUGUCAUCACCCUCCUGAGAACCCAGGGUUCCUUCAAGAAGCGCCUGCGACAGCUCGUCACCCCCGACUCCAGCCUGCCACAGCCUAAGCAGCACACACAUCCUGACGGAGGUACCAACGGGGGCUGCAGGCUCCCCCUAACGAAGGAAGGGCUGAUUGCUGGGGAGAAGGAGACCCCCUUGUAGGAAGUGUCCACCCUCCACCCUGAGGGAACAGCCCUCUCCUCUGACCCUGGCCGCAGUCCUGCUGAGAACCUUGGAGGGAACCCUGGGCACCUGCACCCGGAGGCCACCCACUGUCCUCCUGGCAGUGCUCCACGUGGCUGUAUUUGUCAUCUACUUCUGACCCAACCCACUGACUUCACGGAUGAGGAGACUGAAGACCAGAGGCAAAGUGACUUUCAAGUUCGUUUGGCUUCUUAGAGCCAGAGUCAUGACUCAGACCUGAUGUCCGUGUGCUCAGGCCCAUGUCCCUCCCUCCAUGCCCUGCCUUAAUUAACAAGCACGUAUGGACCACCUUUGC